AUGUCAGAUUCUUCCAACCUCGUGUCGCUUCAAGUUCGUGUCUGGGUGGCGGAGGAAGACGUCGACAAAUACUUCGCAGCUCUGGGGUCUGUCUUUUACAAAAUUGCUCGCGAGUCCGCAUGCACGCUCUUCGAAGUGUAUCAGUCGCAGGAGAAUCAGGGGGAGAUUCUGAUAAUCAAGAACUGGAAUGCCUCGAAGGAAUGGGUGUUGAACGUUGCGAUGAAGAGACCGUAUCUCGCCGAAUACCAUGCGAUCACCGAGCCCAUGUUUCUCAAACCCAAGGAGGUGACAAUUGUGGAUCGUAAGGCUGGAAACUUCAGUGUAGUCAAGACCAACAACGGGCAGAUUUGGCCUGCAGAUGGGGAAGAAUAG